AGAAGGUAUGUACUUAGUCAUCGCUCACUUGUCUUCGGCACUUAGAGUAGAGUAGAGUAGACUAGAGAGAACAAUUUUGAUUAGCGUUGCAUUUUUUAUUGUGAUAUUUUGUUUAUAUAUUAAUCUGAAAUAAGAGUUUUUAUAGUCAAUAUUGACUAAGUAUUUUUAACAUGAUAAGAAUUAAUCUCGUUGACUUAAAAGAAAUGAUAGGCUCAGUACCUUUCUUCAAGAGAGAAAACGGCAUGACUUAUGAAGAAAAAUUAGCAAAAAUUGCAGAAAUGAACGAAUUCUGUGAAAAUAUUACAAAAAGAGAUUCACAUGAUUGGCCUGAAGGAUAUCAGCAAAUUGUGACUAGUCAUUUGGCAUGGGCCGCAACACAUGAAAUGUUGGAUUAUCCGCCAGAAAUUCGUGAACGAGAACUUUUGAAAUUUGCUGAUCAAUUGUUCAAUGACUCAGUUUUCCGAACAAAAGUUGAUGCUUUUUUGUUUCACCGACAGUAUUUGUCGGAAAAAUCACAUACAGCGACACGACCAGCCAACGCAACUCUCCAGGAAGAAAUAUCACACAUUCUGUUUAUGAUGAGAGUAAAUGUCGUAAGCUACGAAGAAAAGUUAGCUAAAGUAGCCAAAAUGAGGAUACUUUGCGAAAAAAUUAUAAAAAGGGAUUGGAAUCACUGGUCAGCAAGUUAUCAGCAGUGCGCAAUUGAUACAUUUUUAUUGAAAGCUUUAAAAAUACUCUUUAAUUAUCCACUUGAAUAUAUCCAGUUUGAAAUUGAAAAAUGGGCGUCCGAAUUAUAUCAUAACUCUAAUUUCAGAAUGAAAGUCAAUCGUAUUUUGACGCAGCCAAAAGUGCAGAAGAAUUUUUCACAAUUACCUUUUAUGAAAAAAGAUGAUGGACUGAGUCAGGACAAAAAGAUUUCUGUAUUAACAGAAAUUAACGCAUUAACCGACAAAAUUAUACAAAGGAAUUGGAAUUCUUGGCCGAAGGGCCAUCACCAAUUUGUCAGUGGCACGUUGAUCUGGAACGCCUUAGAUCAAUUAGUAGAUUCUUCCUCUCAAGAACGACAACGUGUACUUCUGAGAUGGGCGAAUGAAUUGUCCAGAAGUUCAGCUUUCCGAAAAGAAGUCGAUUCUUUCUUGAGAAAAAACCCACAACAUCUGCCAAGACCGAUACAUAAGCCGAUUCCUUCCAAUUUAAAAAAAUUUAGAUUUUAAUAAUUUAGAAGAAUGUCUAUCUUAUUAUCAAUCUUCUAUAAUAAUCUCGAACAUUUUUUUGAGAACUUUCCCAGCUGUAAUAAAAUAAAAUUAGGGUAUGAAUGGAACGUAUUUUGUCAUAGUGAAAAUAAUUUUAAGGAAUGUUAAUAAUUUUUCACGAGAAGUAAUUUUAUUAUACUUCUUGCAUCACUACUAAGAAAGAUAAGGCAAGGACAUGCAUACAAAUAAUAAAACAUGGAAUUGAAGAAUUAA